CACCUCUUCGUCAUUACCGGCCCGCCCUCUCGAAAAUUCCACGUAGCGUAACGGUUCGACGCAUCCACCUUCUCCAGAAAGAUCAAAGAUCCAUCUUACGGAGUUCUCUUCUCCUCUUCCCCGCGGAAGGAGCAGCAAAUAAUCCGGUUGAAAUUGAGCAGCAAUGGCCGCCGCUCAAGCACGAUGGCGAUUCCUUGCGCUGCCCCUGGCGCUGUUCCUCGCGAUCGGCUCGUCGAACGCGGCGCCCAAGCCCCCCGUCCCCAAAGCCAUCUCCGAUCUUAGGGAGGCGAUUGUGAAGGGGCUGGGGAUCCAGUCGGAGGAGCUCAGGGUGUCUGGGUUCGACGUGCGGGACGCGCUGGUGGGGCAGGCGGUGGCGUACGAGUUCGACAUGGAGGUCGGGAGGAAGGCCAUGCCGGUGCGUCUGCUGGAGGACGUCAACCGAUGGGACUUCGUCGACCUGCCCAUCUUCCGAUCCCAGGCCGACGCAGACGACACGGCGCUCGCCGAGAUCGGACGGGGCGCUAGGGGAAGUUUCGAGCCCACACUGCCGCCCUUCCAGCUCGCCGGGCCUAUGGAGCUGUGGAUCCAGGAUGGCGACGACGUCAGACUCGCUUUGCCGCAUGAUGUGGACGCUGGAACCUUGAAGAAAGUUGUUCUCGCUGAUGGUGCAGUGGUAACUGUGAAAGGUGCUAGGGCAGUGAGCCUCCGUUUGCCCCUUGAACUACCACUUCCUCUCAAUCGUACCACUUACAAGGGCCGGCUUUCUAGCUUGCUUUCCAUUGCUCGAGCCCUACGUGGUGCAGCUCGGUCCAAUCAGAAGCCCUUGCUCUCCCUCCGGAUUGAGGGCCCAACCUCCUUAUCUUCAACUCCUUCCAUGUCUCCCAAUAACAAGCUUAAGCUCAAAAGGUUGGCCCCAGGUCAAGUGGAGCUCUCUUCCCGUGCAAUCCCUGCUGUCACCGAGGACGAGGAUGAAUCACAUAGUACAGGAUUGUGGCCUCUGUUGUCACUGAAUGGAUCAGAUAGCAGUCUACAGGGGCUUGAGGAGCUAUUGGCGUCGGUUCUCGGUAAGAAGGCAGGCGAGAAAGGCACGUUUAAAUUGUUGAACGCACGGGCCUCAGCACAAACGUAUGUUAAAAUGGGGUUCACAGUGGAGAAGAGUAUUGCUGAUGGAGAGGUCAACUGGUCUGAUUUCCCUGAGUGGAAAACAAAGCCCAAGAAGCUGAGGGCGCACUAUGAAGUUCUUGCUCGUGUUGAGCGCGGCCAAGCGAUUCCUGAAAGGAUUGCCCAGGUGCAGCCUUUCCAGGUCGACGAGGCCAUGUCCGAGAGCAUGCUAAAUGGAAACGUCUCGAGAUCAAAGGUGGAGGUGGUUAAUCCGCCACCGGUUUACUUCACUCUCUAAGACUUGGAAAGGGGCUGGAAGCUCUUUUUCCGAGCUCUGAUUGGGAUGGUUGAUUAUUUGGCUGGAGAUGGUAAAAAUGACUACAAGCAGCAUAUACUUCUUUCUUGUAUACUGCUACUGACUGCGUUAACAUGGAAUCUGUUGUGUGCUAUACUGGCUGGCUUUGUAGUUUAUCCAUGUGAAUAAUGAGCACUUACAUAUGAAAAUGCAGCAAUAAGCAAGUGUAUAUAUAUAGUACUCGUUACUUUUUUUUUUCAAAGCUGGAGUGCUUAGAACUCCAGUAGCUUUUGCAAAACAUACCGAAUUCUGAA